AUGGAGCAGAUGUAUGACAGUGCACUCAACGGCGACAAUCUCGCAUGGGUGGCGGCUGCGGGGCAUGCGGUCGAGCAUACAGUGGAGCAUGCAGCAGAGGAGCCGCCUCGGCGCGGACGUGGACCCGAGCGUGGGGGCGGAGGUCGGCGGGGCGCAAGCCGGCGGGGCCAUGGCCGCGGCAGCCGUAGCCGCGGUGGUCACGGCGGGCAGGGUGGCCGUGGUGGUGGGCCUGCGGCGGCGGCGGCGGAGGAAGAGGAGGAGGACACCGCUGAGGAUGACGAGGGAGAGCCACAGGCAAAACGUGGUCGUGGCAGUGGACGUGGGGGUGGCAGGCGGCCCCAGUUCAAGCACACACGUGAGAUGCGUGAGGCCCUUGGUGAUCGGUACCGGGAAGACGCGCACAGGGACAGGACCACUGAGCAGUACAGAAUGGAGAUGAACAUGUUCAGGGAGUUCCUUGGACAGCGGCAGGAGGACAUCGGGAAGCUGGCAGAAGACCUCGUGGGGCGCGAGCUGGCGGAGGUCGGCGGGCAGUGGCUCCAGUGGCUCGCUGAACGAAAGGUUGGGAUAUCCACACUUGAGCAGUGUCGCGCGGCGCUUCGCAACCUGGAUGCACAGAACCGCCUGCUGCAUCCAAAUGAUGACCCGCCAUUGGAUGACAACUUGAUUUUCCGGAUGGAAUGGAAGGUGGCGAAAGCGCGGGCCUUGGGGAAGGGUGGAAGGCCACGUGGCGACCCCAUGACUAACAUUGGUAACGACACGUACUUGCCAGAGGACUCCUCCAGGCUCUGCGGGUUCAUGGCAGACACGGGCAGCACGUCGAGUAAGCUCGUCAUAGAUCUACUUGGUGGUAUUCAGAGGCAGCUGGCAAUGUUGCCUUACCAGGUUGCGCAAAUCCAGCAAGCAGCAUCAGCUGCCACCGGAGCAGCUGUUCUGCAGCUGGCCCCCCAGCAGGUGUUCAGUGGGCGGCAGGAGGUCGGCGCUGCAGGCAGGGAGCUGCUCCAACCAGUGGCAGCACCAAUGCUGGCCUUAGGCUUGCACGCGGGUCUGCAGCUGGCCCCCCAGCCGGUGUUCAGUGGGCGGCAGGAGGUCGGCGCCGCGGGCAGGGAGCUGCUCCAGCCGCUGUAUACACCGACCAGUAAGAAGCGCAAGCUACGGGAGAAGGAUGAGCAACGCGAGCAGGUUGAUGAGCUUCAGCAUUUGCCACCAGGGCACAGGCCAUGGCCAGACCUUUCGGACAUCGAGGUCCUGUUCCAGAUCUUCACCUAUGGCCGCCCCGGUGCCUAUCCAUCUCUGCUUCAGCUUGAGGAGAAAUACCAGUCGAGGUGGCGGCAGGGGUACAAGCAGCGCUGGCAAGAAAUAAAGUACCUCUAUGACAAGUGCAUCGUCUGGACCGCUUCACAGCGUCGCUGCACGGUGGUCCAGGCUGCGCAGUUCUGGCUUGCUGUGCAGAAGAGGAAGCAAAUCAGCCUGGGCCAGCUGCGACAAUAUGUGAAAGAGCAAGAGCUGCGGGGCGAGCUGGAGGCAAUUGUGGACCCUAUGCGCCCUGAUACGUACAAAUCACCUGUAAAGGCUGCCCGAAAGGUGACUCUCUGCAGAGUGCUGGCUGGCGGGGCUGGGGAGGCGGCAGCAGCGGUGCAGACUGGUGGAACGGGCAGCAGGGCUGGGGAGGCGGCAGCAGCGGCGCUAACUGGAGGGACUGGUGGCGGGGCUGGGGAGGCGGCAGCAGCGGCGCUAACUGGAGGGACUGGUGGCGGGGCUGGGGAGGCGGCAGCAGCGGCGCUAACUGGAGGGACUGGUGGCGGGGCUGGGGAGGCGGCAGCAGCGGCGCUAACUGGAGGGACUGGUGGCGCGGCUGGGGAGGCGGCAGCAGCGGCGCUAACUGGAGGGACUGGUGGCGGGGCUGGGGAGGCGGCAGCAGCGGCGCUAACUGGCGGAACUGGUGGCGGGGCUGGGGAGGCUGGAUCAGGUGGGGGGACGACAGAAAUUGCAGGCGUGGAAGGGUCGGGCACCUUGCCAGUGGAACGUGGGGUUGGGCGACAUAAGAAGCAGCAUACAAGUGGUGCUUCCAAUUGCGGCAAGGGUGGGAGUGGUGCGAAGGCGCAGAUUCCCAACGCUUAUAUGCUGUUCUGCAAGGAGCAGCACGAGUUGGCAACCUCUCAGGGCACCACCAUUCAUGUCAAGUACGGGGUGCCAUCGGCAGCCUGUGCCUCGCCUGUAACCACCCAGAUUCCCAAGACAGCUUCGAUACCUGAGCCGAGACCCUUGCCUUUCCAUUGCACAAUGUCUCAGCAAUCAGGCUUGGUGCUGUCGGGAGGGCAGUGCACGCCCAGCAAUCAGUCAGCAAAACUGACGAAAAAGGUGAGAACUUGGCCCAAAUAG